AUGAGGAACUCACUUCGGAAUAUUGUGAAUACUCUUGUCGCAACUAAAUGCAUUUGGGUGACAUUUCUCGCCUUCGUGCUUCCUAUAAAGCUGGCGACGGAUUAUCCCCCUGAACUAAAACAGGAAUCAAAAUGCGCGUAUGUCAUUAUUGUAAUGGCUGUGAUGUGGUUGACGGAAGCUAUCCCAAUACCAGUGACGUCAUUGUUUCCUGUGUUCCUGUUUCCAAUGGUGGGUGUGGCUCCCGCAAGAGCGAUCAGCUCAGCUUACUUUUCGGAUAUUUCCAUGCUACUCCUAGGCGGACUGCUCAUAGCUUUGGCCCUUGAGGAGACGAGACUUCACUAUAGAAUCUCGCUAUACGUUUUGGUUCUAGUUGGAGCCCAGCCAAUGAUGUUAAUGCUCGGGGCGAUGGUGUCAACCUGGCUGCUCUCUUUCUGGAUCAACAACACGUCAGCCACUGCCAUGAUGAUUCCCAUCAUACUUGCUGUGUGUGAGUCUGUCAGGGAGGUUAGGGCUCAAUCAGUGGCUUCUCUUUUUCUGGAUAAACAACUCCUCGGUCGUUACCGUAUAGUGAUCUUCAUCAUACUUGUUGUGCAUGAGAGUGUCCGGGAUGACGAGGCUCAGUCAGUCGAAGAAAGCGAAAGCAAAACGCUUGUUACGUAUGAGGUUGAAAUGCGUGAUGUGACGGUAAACGAUUCUUCAGAAAUCCAAAAUGGAAGGACUCGCACAAAGAGCUUUCAGGAGAAUAUAGAAAGUCACACCGUAUUCAAGGACAAAACUGCAGAAAAGGAGUACAAGGCGUUGGCCAAGGCGCUUUGUUUCUGUGUUGCAUAUGGUGCAUUUUGUGGCGGCAUGGCAACAAUCACGGGAACCCCGCCAAAUCUUGUAUUAAAAGAUGUCGUAGACAAGUUCUACAGAGAUUAUAAUCAGAAUGAAUCGCCCAUAACAUUUACCUCCUGGAUGGCUUUCGGAUUUCCUCUCUCGCUUUUGACAAUGAUAGUCGGCUGGCUAUGGUUGUCCUUCAGAUUCCUUGGUUUGAGCUGCUUUAAAAAAAUGGAUCCUGAUACAAAGGCAGCGAUUAACGCUGCCAUCAAAAAGAGAGCAAAGUCACUCGGUAGAAUGUCAUUUGCUGAGUCUCAAGUUGUAGUCGUCUUUGUGUCCAUGGUAUUCUUUUGGUUGUUUCGGAAUCCUCCAAAUAUAGACGGUUGGGGCAAGCUGUUCAUUGAUGAAGAUGUUAAUAAUGGAUUAAGUUUGGUAUCAGAUUCAACGCCAUGCAUUCUACUGAGUACUCUGCUCUUCAUAUUACCGGAGAAAAGACCUAACUUGUUCUGUUGGCAACAAGGCAGUCCGUCUUACACACCUAUCUUGAAAUGGCAGAUGGUUACGAAACGGUUACCGUGGGGUGUUCUUAUUCUUGUCGGCGGUGGCUUUGCCAUGGCUCGAGCUAGUCAGUUAUCAGGACUCUCCGUCUGGAUAGGAAAUCUGUUUCGAGACUUCGCCAGGCAGGAUCCAACUGUGAUGAUGUUCGUGAUUCUCAUAGUGGUUGGUUUUACAACGGAAGUGAUGAGUAACCCAGCUACGGCGCAGCUGUACCUUCCGAUUCUCAGAGAUAUGUCAGUAUCCAUAGGAAUAAACCCUUUGUACUUGAUGAUAGCAGCAACGACCGCUUGCUCAUUUUCCUUUAUGCUGCCGACAGCAGCGCCACCAACAGCCAUCGUGUUUGCGACAGGGUAUAUAUCCAUACCAGAUAUGGCAAUGGCCGGGUUUCCAAUGAAACUGAUUGGUAUUGCAAUGUCGAUGUUGGCAGUUAAUACGUGGGGAACAUGGAUUUUUGAGCUAGACAAGCUUCAAGACUUCCUGAAAACUGACAACAACACUGCUUUUGCUAAUUCCAGUAUUUCUUUAUUAUCGAAUGUUACAAACACAUCAUCAUUAGUGCAUUUGAAUGAAUCAGUUCUUAAUUAAAA